GCGGGGGAAAACAACGUCACCAUAUUGUGGCGUGACGCAGCUGACGAUGUAAACAAGAGCGGACAGUCGCGCAGGCCGGGGACAACCUUCACUUCACUGCACCGCACCGAACAUGGGCCUGCCCGUCACCGUUAAAGUCAACUUCCGUGGGAACGUCAAGAGAUUCCUGGCCAGCGACCUGGACAAGCUGGAGUGGAGCUCCGUGGAAGCCUGGAUUAAAGCCUCGUUCGGAAUCAACCACUUUCAAGUCAAGUACUUUGACGAGGAGAGUGAAGAGAUUUGCAUCAACAGUCAAGAUGAGUACGACGAAGCCAUCAAGAGCGCGGAGAAGCAAGGCAACCACCUCAACAUGAACGUGUACAAGAUGAAGGGACAAGCCUGCGGGGGCCCGCUCAAGACCGAGGUCAAGGAGCUGAAGGGGGACCUGCGACCCGCGCCGCCUUAUCCGUCCCGGGUGAAGACGGUGGACAAGGGCACGCAGGUCACGCCGGAACGAGAAGCGGUGGCCGCCAAAGACUGCAAGGGCACUAAAGCAGAAGAUGAGCCUCCUCCCAUGUGGUUUAGAUCCUACAUGGAGAAGUUCAAAGACGAGGUGGUGAAGGAGGUGGUGGAGAGGAUGUGCAGCGACUUCUCUGGCCAGUGUUGCACACACAAGUCUCCUGCAGCGCCCCCCGAGCCCAGCGGGCCCAGCUGUGCUCCCAUAGGUCCCAGGCCCGGGCCCCCCGCCGCCACCAUGGGACCCAGGCCGGGCCCCUCCACCUCAGGCGGGUCUCUGGGUUACACCCCAAACUGCAGCAGCUGCAACAAGCUGACCUCUGAAGGAGCCUACAAGUGCAGCGUUUGCCCGUCCUGCAUCCUGUGCGAGAUGUGCCGCCACAGCCACGACCCCAGCCACAACCUGGUGAGAACCAAGACGCCGCUCUCCAUCCCCGAGCACGGCAUGUCGGGAGAGUCCAGCAGGUUCCCGCGGCGAGGAGACCGGACGGUGCGCAAGGCGGAGCGACAGCGGCUGAAGGCGGAGCGGAGGCAGCUGCGAGCCGAAGUGAAGGAAAUGAAGAAGAAACUGAGACUGGAGAAGCGGGGCCUGCAGUGGAGCGGACCCUCCACCUCAGGCAGGGCCGCCCUGACUAACACGGCCUCCACCCAGGCCCCCUCAGACACAGCCUCAGGUCCCGCCCCCGACCCCCAGGCCUCCAGUCCAGAGGGUCCCGGGGCCUUGCUGCCCACUAUGGCCGCCUUGUUUCUGGAUGAAAAUCUGCCCGACGGCACCCGUCUGGAGCCCGGGACCAAGUUCGUCAAAUACUGGAAGAUGAGGAACUCUGGGACUAUCGGCUGGACCGCAGAGACCAAGCUGGUGUUCAUGUGGGGGAACCUCGGCCUGGCGUCCAACGGCAAACUGGCGGUGCCGGCGCCUCUGCUGCUGCCCGGGCAAGUGGGCGUGGUGAGCGUGACCUUCGUGGCCCCCGUGCUGGAGGGCACGUACACCUCCCACUGGCGCCUGGCGCACGGCGGCCAGCAGUUCGGCCCGCGCGUGUGGUGCAGCAUCGUGGUGGACGGCCUCAACGCUCCCCAGCACCAGCAGACGCCACCGCAGCUGAGGUCAUCAGCCGAGGACGAGGGGGACGUCGGCGGCGAGGGCCCCUUCCUGCCUUACGUGGACCUGCUGACCGCACAGGAUCUCCUGUCCUUCGAGUUAAUGGACAUAAACAUUGUGCAGGAGUUGGAGAAGGUCCCUACCAACACUCCCGUGGAUCUGACACCGUGCAUGUCCCCGCUGCCCCACGACCUCCCACAGAAAGACCACACAGACGCCCCAAAAUGUUUUGGAGGGAAACAGAAGCACCCGUGGGAGGCGGCCAUCCAGGAGGAGGAGCGUGACGAGGAGAUCAGUGGCGCUCAGUUCCUGUUCGAGACGGUCAUCCGCUCCCUCACCCUGGAGGAGGCCCCCGACCACAAGCCUGUACGGACCAGACACCAUUCCUGCAACCGCCUGCCCAAGAUUUUCCCCUGGGUCUGCGAGCCCGGCUCAGGGCAGGCGUGUGAGCAGAGCCAGCGAGAAGGAAAAGAGAAUGACGGCCCCCUGGCGGAGAGUUUAGCUCCUCCCCCCUUUUUAUUUCUCAGCCAGCUGGAAGAGAUGACAGCUUCGCCUGCUAGCUGGCGUCACCGUGACGACGACGACGACGACGACAACGACGACGACUGCAAAGAUUGCAAAGUGGAAGAAUGGGACGAGGUCAGCAGCAUGACGUCCUCCUCGUCCUCCUGCGAUGACUUCAUCAUCGUCCUCCCCGACUGCUUUGACACCAGCCGUCCACUAGGGGAGUCCAUGUACAGCUCCGCCAUGUCGCAGCCCGACACUGUCGUCACGGCAACCCUGGCCAGCCCGGAGAUGCUGCAGGAGGAGGACUACGCCUCCGACGUGGGCGGGGAGGAGGAGGAGGAGAAGGAGAAGGAGGAGGAGCAGAGUGUGGUGGACCAGGACCUGGACCUGGACCUGGACCUGGUUGGGGGCAGCCAGUCCCUCACCAUCCACAGCAGCGUCAACCAGAUGCUGUGCGCCUCUCAGACCCUGGAGGCCGCCACGCUCACGCCGGAGGUGGUGCCCGCGCCGCCGGCCCUCUACUCCCCCAGGUCUGAGGCGCUGUACUUGGCCGAGGACGCCUGCCAUGAAGCAGACCGCUCGCACACGCCCAGAGUCCACGCCAACGUUCCUUUCGGUCUGUCCAGAUCUGCUGGCUCAGCAUCCAGUGCCUUCGAGACAUACUACCCCAGACCAAGCAACGCACUGCAGCCCAGGGGCCAAGGCGGCAUCACAGAGGGACUGGUCAAAGGAGCCCUUUCAGUUGCGGCGUCCGCUUACAAGGCUCUGUUCACCGGGCCCAACUGUCCCAUACAGCGAGGCGUGGACCCAGCAGGGCGCCAGGACCCGUCCCUGAUGGCCAUGCUGCUGGAGAUGGGCUUCAUGGACCGCCGUGUGAACCAGCGGCUGCUGAGGAAGCACGGCUACAACCUGCUGCACACCGUCAACGAGCUGGUGCAGAUGGCGGAGGACGCUGCGCCCCAGCGGGCCCUGGAGGCUCGCCACUGACUGGCUCACUCACGCCACCUAGCUUUGUUUCCCAGCAACAACAACUCCACCAGUGUUCAUUUGGACCAAGCUGACCUUUGAUCUUUCUAGGCUCUUUCUCACCACUCUUGUUUCUUACAUGGGCUUCUUCUUCUUCUUCUUCUUCUUCUUCUUCUUCUUCUCCUUCUUCUUCUCCUUCUCCUCCUCCUCCGUGGCCAAGUCUGAAUGUUCUAGAAGUGUAUGGUAGAGUAGAGAGGGAAUAUUCUCUGCCUGAAUCUUUUUAUUCCAGUACUGUUUCUCUCUUACUAGACGUGACGUGUGGAAUGUAAACAAAGUCUAUUUACACGCUCGCACCAAAACUAGCCAUGGUCUUGGAGCAUGUCAACACAGUCCUCCAGCUGGAGUAGUACCAGGCUUCAUCACUACUUGGUUGUUAGUCCUCCAGCUGGAGUAGUACCAGGCUUCAUCACUACUUGGUUGUUAGAGUCCUCCAGCUGGAGUAGUACCAGGCUUCAUCACUACUUGGUUGUUAGAGUCCUCCAGCUGGAGUAGUACCAGGCUUCAUCACUACUUGGUUGUUAGUC